CAAACAUACAAAGUAUAAUCUGGAAGCAAAGAGGGUAAAAAUCCCAUAUUUAUGGAAAAAUCUCACAUUUUUUUAUCCAAGGUGAGGACUUCUAUGGACAAAUUAAGAUUUAAUUGUAAAUCAAAAUAUCGUCCCAAACAGAGAGCACAUGCUUCUUUCGAAAGGUCUUUGGGAGGGGGUGGGUAAAUACGGAUUGAGAUUUGCCCUCACAAUGAGAAAAGAGUGUGCAAAGCUUUGGCACUCAAAACUGUGGCUAUCUGAACAGCAGAGAUAAAGGAUUAUCUCUGUCAACAUGAUGCAAUUUACCCCAUCAGAGAAACCCAUCUGCAAGAAAUACAGCACAGAAAGACGCCUUUUAGGGUCCUGUAAGGAUAUCUAGUUAAGACGCAAUGCAGUUUGGGGACAGAGCGGGGUGAGCAACAGGGUUGUGAAGAACAACGGUACCAAGGGACACAACUAUGGAUCUUCAACGAAGAGAUCCAGCCUUCUACCUGGGCCAGUCGGGGCCAAUGCCUCUCCCUCAGGAGGCACAGAGCAAUCUGCAGAAUUUCCUAAAGGGGGAGCCAGUUAUUCUUGGGGUGAGCCAGAUCAUGAUUGGCCUAAUGAAUAUUUGCCUGUGGAUCAUGGUAAAGGUCUUUCUUUCAUUCCACAAACUACAUCUAUUCCUAGAGAACACGGUAUAUAACUUCAUUUUCCUUUUGGGACCAAUCUUUUUAAUUAUAUCUGGAACUAUGUCUAUUGCGUCUGGAAAGAAAACAACAAAAAAAAUGAUCUGUAGCAGCCUUGGAACGAACACGCUGGCUGCCAUAUUGGCUGGAGUGUCGCUAAUAAUCCUUGCAAUCAGAACGGAAGUCUCCAGUCACUUCUUAUCGGAAACAGUUUUAGCUCGUUAUUUCUUAAUUGGGAUUAUGAUUAUGAAACUGAUCCUCAUAAUCCUGGGACUCAUCGUCUCGGUGUUGCUGUCUGCAUUUGGAUGCAGUGCUGUCUGCUGUGAUGCGACCUCAGUGGUUGUCGACUUAUCCUCCAAUGACUGUGGAGUUGCCGUAGCCUCUCUUUAUCAUUAUUAUGAUGACGUGGCUUUCCAACAUGCUUAGUUGUUGGAGAUACCAACUUUUGAACCAUUCCUGGACUUCCUCUAAUUGUAUCAUUAAAAGUAAAUCAGUAAUCAGGUAGUAAAUAGAGUCUUAAGUGUCUGGGUGGGGGGGGGGGGAUCCAAGGUCAUAGAUUUGCUGAUGUUGACUCUGCUGGGACCCCCUACUCUAUCCUCAAUUAUGAUUCCAUUUGGACAUGAUCAAUGAAGUAUGUGAUCCCUCCGCAUCGGCACUGGCAUCGUCUCAUACCGUUGGCGGUAGGAAGAAAAGGAACACACCAGAAAGGUUGUAGGUAUUUGGGGAUUCUGGUCUGGCCUUGGAGGAUGUGUGCCAGAACAGCUGAUCCCCACAAUUUCUGAGAAGCCCUUCACUUUGGACUAUAAUGCUAAUGCCAUACUGGGAGCUGUGCACUAGGCCAGCUAGGUAGAUCAUGUGUUCCCUGACACUUUCCCUAAAAUGUACAAUUUUCUAUGACAUAAAUGAAUUAAAAUAAACCCUGCUUUUAUCCUUUAA